UGCCAAAUCAAGCACAUUUUAAACCACACUCCUCUUCUUUACUCAGCUCAUUUGCAUGAUCAUUUAUUUUGUUUCUCUCUGCAUUGAAAGUCGUUAUCAUUUGCUGAUUGCUUUGCUGUGUUAUCUACGGAACCAAGAAUCUCACCAACUGGAAAAUGGGCCUAUCGACGCACAUUCUGGACACGAGCCGAGGUAAACCGGCACCGAAUGUCGUCAUUAGUUUGCAUCGCGACGCGGGUUCCAGCUGGGAAAAAGUAAGCCAAGGCACUACGGAUUCCGAAGGACGGUUCAAGGGGUUCUUUGCCGACAAUCCAGCUGAAUUUUCUUCCGGUGUCUACAAGCUACGGUUCGAAGUUGGACAGUACUACGAACAGUUGCAAAUCGAUACGUUAUAUCCGUAUGUUGAGAUUGUAUUUAAAGUCACAGAUGCAAGCCAACAUUACCACAUUCCACUGCUACUGAACCCAUUCGGAUAUUCCACUUAUAGAGGAUCGUGAUCUUAUAAAAUUUAAUUCCGCAAUAAACACAC